AUAGGAGAGAUCCUCGACUGCGGGAUGCAGAAGAACUAGGGUGGACUAUAAUAACUAGAAACGGUGAAGAUUAUGGACAUGCCAAAUCAAAAACUCGUGAUGUUGAUGAGCGUGGACGAGCCAAAUCAAGAACUCGUGAUGUUGAUGAACGUGGACGAGCCAAAUCAAAAACUCGUGAAGUUGAUGAGCGUGGACGAGCCAAAUCAAGGACACGCGAAGCGGAAGAACGCGAGCGAGCUAAAUCAAGGACACGCGAAGUGGAAGAACGUGAGCGAGCUAAAUCAAGGACACGCGAAGUGGAAGAACGUGAGCGAGCUAAAUCAAGAACACGCGAAGUGGAAGGACGUGAGCGAACUAAAUCAAGGACACGUGAAGCAGAAGAACGUGGACGAGCUAAAUCGAGAACUCGUGAAACAGAUGAACGUGGACGAGCAAAAUCAAGGACUCGUGAAACCGAUGAGCAUGGACGAGCAAAAUCAAGAACACGAGAACAGGAAGAUAGAGAAAGGGCUGAAAAAGCCACACGCGAUAAAGAAUACGAGAUAUUAUUAAUGGAAAAGGAAAAGCACACACUUCGACGUGAAAAGACUAAACAUGAAACUCAUCAUGAAAAAGAUGACACUCAUACGUCUGAAGUAAUGAUUCAUAUUGAGGAACUUCGUCAAUACAGAGAAAUGUCAUUAACGUCCAAUACGACGGCUCUGGAUGUUUUAACUUACUUUCGUAGUGAUGGUACAAUCUCAGAUGCCGAUGCUUGGACUUUAUUCGAAGUAAUAACAGAUUUAGGAUUGGAACGUCCAUUGAGGGACUGGGAAUUUGUUACCAAAGUUACUGGAUCUUGGGAAUUAGAUAAGGAUAAUUCACUAGUUUUAAAAAAAUAUGCAUACAGGAGUCCACUAACAUUACAGGGUUUCAAAAAUACAAUGCCAAUAAUGGUUGGUUUUUUACACCUUGAGAUCAAGAAAAACAAAUGGCAAAAACGUUACUUUCAAAUAAAAGACGGUUCAAUUUAUCAUAGCAAAGAUUUAAAGGGAACAAAUGAAACAUUUCUUUGUUCAAUGGUAUCAUUUGAUGUAUAUACUUGUACACAUAUGACCAAAAGAUAUCAGACCAAGUUCGCUUUUGCACUAAAAUCUCAAGAUAGGAUUACAAUGUUUUUAAAUCCAGAAAAUGAUUACAUUCGCUUCUUGUGUGCGGAUGACUUGGAUACAAUGAAUAAUUGGAUUUUAAACAUUAGAAUGGCCAGAAACCAUGUAAUGCGUCGAGAAAGACCAGAACUGUUUGUUGGGAUACCUUCUAAAAUUGAAAAAGUACCUUCACCGAUUAAUCUUGACAUGCCGUUAACCAACGCAUUACCGGCAGCAGUUUCUGAGACAACCUCAUUAAUGAGUGAGAUUACGUUUGAAUUGGCAACUCUUGGCGGACCUGAUUUAAAACAAAAACCAUUAGCAUCUGCUCAAGUAACAACAGUUACACAGGAUACGACAGGAACUACUGCACAGAAUACGACACAAUCUACCACUAAUCAAUUGGAUACUUUGCGUCGUCAUGCGCGUAGUUCUUCAGGAAAAUUUGUAGACUUUGCUUCCAGUCGCCCUUCAAUUACUCCUCAACUAAAUACCAAAGAACUUAAGAAAACUGAACCAUUUAGUACAUCAAAUCCGCUUUCUCCGUCUGUUGAUGAAUCAAGAAAGAAUCAAUCUUCUGGACCGUUUAAAGGUGGUUCCCUGUUAGAUUAUGAUGAAAAAAAUCCACCAAUGAAACCCGCAGAAGUAGAAACUGUCACUUUUGCAAAAGGUUCAUUGUUAGCAACAAGUGAAGCUUUAUUUGAACAAGCAAAAGAGCGAGAAAAAGCUCGCCGAGGUGGUACUAUCAAAGAUUUGAAUGGAAAUAAUACAAUAAAAUUCCAAAAGGGAUCUUUAUUAAGUAUUCGCUUUCACAAAGGAUCAUUAUUGGCGAAAAGCAAAGAGUAUCAUGAUAAUCACGGAACGAAUGAUCGG